AUGUUAGACUCCAUUUUUAUGAAUGGACUGAAGGAGGAGAUUCAGGCUGAACUUAAGCUCUAUGAGAUUCAAGUUGAAGAAGUAACUACAUCAACGAAUGUUAAAACAACUGCAUCAUCAACUCGUUUAGAAUCAGGAUUGAAUUAUACUUCAAACUUAGGAGAUCCUUUUGAUUUUAAGCAUGGUAUCGAGAUAAGUGUUGAAAAAGGAACUACAUCAACCAAUUCCAAGGCCAUAACAUCAUCAGGUCCAAUAGUUACUUCUGAGCAUAAUAGGACAUCACAGACACCAAUGAAUGAACAAACAAUGGAUCAACAAAGUCCACUUGAAGAAACUGAUGCUACUGCUACUGUCACAUCUUCACCGGUAAAAAAAGUAAUUCAUAAUUUUUCAAGUGCUUUUUAUGAAUAUGCUGCAAAUAUAAUUACAUUUGUAUGGUAUGCAAUUAGUUGGAGGAUUCAAUGUCUGAAAAAGCUGUAG